AUGAAACUCACCACCGGCAUCCUCGUCUGCGCCUCGUCUCUCCUGAUGAGUGCCCAUGCGGCGUCCGUUCGGAUGUGCUAUAAUAGAGACUUCGGCGAUUGCAUCGACGUGCCCGCUCCGCACGGAGAUUGUGUGUAUGUCCCAACGAAGUACAACGACCACGUUUACUCAGCAAGUACCCCUACCGGCCACCACUGCGACUCGUACGAGACCGGCUGUGAGCCAGGGAAACUGCUGAUCCAGGGUAUCGACCGUGCGGGAUACAAGGGACUCCCUGAAGGUCAUCGGGUUAGUGGGUUUAGGUGUUAUGACUAG